AUGACUGACGUCAAGGAGAACCAGGUUCCCGUCGACGUGCAGAUGAAGAACGUUGAGGAGACCGAGAAAAAUGUGGAUGAAUUGAAUUAUCUCAACCAAAUCAGAGAGAUCUUGAUGAAAGGAGAUGAAAAAGGCGAUAGGACUGGUACUGGGACGAUUUCUUACUUUGGAAUGCAAGCAAGGUACUCACUGAGGAACGGUAAGUCCUUUUCAAGUUUUUGUUUGUGAUUUAGGAACUUUUUGAUGUUACACUAGAAGUAAAAUCGGAAAAUGCACAAGAUCGCUUAUGAACAUGGUGUAGUGGUGUUGUAGGUACGAUGCCUCUUCUGACAACCAAAAGAGUGGCAUGGAAAGCAAUUGUUGAAGAACUUUUGUGGUUUAUCAGAGGUGAAACCAAUUCCAAGACCUUAUCGGCCAAAGGAGUAAAGAUCUGGGAUGCUAAUGGAUCCCGAGAGUUUUUGGAUCAAUAUGGCUUCAAACAUCGGGAGGAAGGAGAUUUGGGACCAAUUUAUGGGUUUCAGGUAAGUCUUUUCUGACUUUUUUAUGAGUCAUUCCUUACCCUCAUCUAGGUAUCAAGCAUAACAUUCGCUUUUAGUGGCGUCAUUUUGGAGCUGAAUACGAAGGGCCUAAUGCGGACUAUACUGGAAAGGGCGUAGAUCAACUGGCCGAGCUUAUUCAGCAGAUCAAAACCACUCCCGACUCAAGGCGACUGAUUCUUUGCGCUUGGAAUGUGAAAGGUACGGUAAUUUAUGUUUCGAUAAAAGGUCUUUUUCGUGACACUACUGACCUAACGGUACUUUUAGACGUUCCUCAGAUGGCGUUACCACCAUGUCACACACUUUGCCAAUUCUAUGUUCAAAAUGGUCGACUUUCUUGCCAAUUAUAUCAACGUUCCGGUGAUAUGGGACUGGGUGUUCCUUUUAAUAUCGCCAGUUAUUCUUUGUUGACCCACAUGAUUGCCCAUGUUUGUGGACUCGAAGCUGGCGAAUUCGUGCACACUUUGGGCGAUGCUCACAUCUACAGUAAUCAUGUUGAAGCCUUGAAGGAACAGGUUAGUUUUGGGAUGACAUUUAAGGUUUAUCGAUAAAAUCUGACGUUUUUGUUGGGUUUUGCCAGAGUUUUUGUUGGUGUAAAUGAUAACUUUUUUUGUACAUUCCAGCUCAAACGCGAGCCGCGGCCAUUCCCAAAGAUCAGAUUUGUCGGAGAUAUCAAGUCCAUUGAUGAUUUCACUUUCGACUCCAUCCAACUUGACGCUUAUAACCCGUAUCCGCCAAUCAAAAUGGCCAUGGCGGUAUAA